AGCGAGUGCCUAUAUAUACAGAUACAAACCUGUCUCCCUGCACUCUUAAGAUCAUUCCUCUCCUCCCUUUCUCCUCAUCUUCCUUUUCCAUCCUAUUCCUUUUUUUUCUUUCACUGCACUGCAAAGCUAGACUGAGUGCCCUGCAAGGCAGCAUGCAGACAUACAGAAGCAGGCAGGCUGGUGGAAACGGACACCAUGGAAAGAAGCCAGAGGAAAUAAGGGCAAAGACAGCUGUAUAACAUGCAGAGAAACCAACCAGAAUGAAAAGCCGUGAUUCAUGGAGCACUGCAACUCAGACACUCCUUGGAUUUCACUUUGAGAGCUGAGUCUGGAUUGGGGUCAGCGAGGGCUGGCACCAAGAUGAAGGGCAGCCAGGCUCCUCCUCCCUGGAGAUGUGGUGCUCCAAUCCCUCCCCUUAAUCCUUUUCUACCCACUCUAUCCCCACGACUCCUUCACUGACCAGUGUCCUGGGCCUUUAAGAGUUGGGUGGGCUGGACUGAAGAUAGCUCACACUUCCCCCCACCCCACUCCUUCCUUCUGGCUGUAACUCUGCCAGUCACAGCAGCAAACUGCAGUAGAGGAGGGGAGAAAGCCAGCGAGUGCAAGAGGAGAAAAGGAGAAAAGGAGCCGGCUGGGUUUCCUCAUCCCACAGUGGAGAGCAAGCACUGCAGAGCUCACAGACACAGGACUGCUAUCCUGCACACGGUAACUCUGGCGCCAGCUGGUGGAGCAGUGAGUGAUGGCAUUCCUGCUGCAAGGCCGGCUGCCCAUCAGUCAAGAUGUGCUGCUGAUGCAGAAAGGUACGAUGAUGCGCAAGGUGAGAUCCAAAAACUGGAAGAAGCUAAGAUACUUCAGACUUAAGGAAGAUGGCAUGACCGUCUGGCAUGCCCGGCAGGUCGGAGGCAGAGCCAAGGCCAGCUUCUCGAUCUCUGACGUGGAGACAGUGCGUAAUGGCCAUGAAUCUGAGGUGUUGCGCAGCCUGGCAGAGGAGUUCCCCCUGGAGCAGGGCUUUACCAUCGUCUUCCAUGGCCGCCGCUCCAACUUGGACCUGGUAGCCAACAGUGUGGAAGAGGCCCAGAUCUGGAUGAAGGGGCUCCAGCUAUUGGUGGACUUUGUCACCAACAUGGAUCAACAGGAGAGGCUGGACCAACCUGGAUGGCUGAGUGACUGGUUCCAGCGUGGAGACAAAAACCAGGAUGGUCGGAUGAGUUUCCACGAAGUCCAGCGGUUACUACGCCUGAUGAAUGUGGAAAUGGAACAAGAACAUGCCUUUCAGCUUUUCCAGGCAGCAGACACAUCCCAAUCUGACACUCUGGAGGGACAAGAAUUUAUAGAGUUCUAUAAGGCAUUGACUAAGCGUGUUGAGGUACUGGAACUGUUUGGAAACUUUUCGGCUGAUGGGCAGAAGCUGACCCUGUUAGAAUUUGUGGAUUUCCUCCAAGAGGAGCAGAAAGAAGGAGACCAUGCUUCUGACCUUGCUCUGGAACUCAUUGACCGUCAUGAGCCUUCAGAAAGUGGCAAGCUACGACAUGUGCUGAGCAUGGAUGGCUUCCUCAGUUACCUCUACUCGAAGGACGGAGACAUCUUCAAUCCUUCCUGCCUCCCCAUCUACCAGGAUAUGACUCAACCCCUGAACCACUACUACAUCAAUUCCUCUCACAACACCUACCUGGUGGGGGACCAGCUUUGUGGCCAGAGCAGCGUCGAGGGAUAUAUACGGGCCCUGAAGCGGGGGUGCCGCUGUGUGGAGGUGGAUGUAUGGGAUGGACCCAGUGGGGAGCCUGUUGUUUACCAUGGACAUACCCUGACCUCCCGUAUCCUGUUCAAAGAAGUUGUGGCCACUCUAGCACAGUAUGCCUUCCAGACAUCAGACUAUCCAGUCAUCUUGUCUCUGGAGAACCACUGCAGCUUUGAACAGCAGGAGAUCAUAGCACACCAUCUGACCGAGAUCCUGGGGGAUCAGCUGCUGAGCACCACCUUGGAUGGGCAGUUGCCCACUCAGCUGCCCUCACCUGAGGAGCUUCAGAAGAAGAUCCUGGUGAAGGGGAAGAAGUUAAGUACACUUGAGGAGGAUCUUGAAGAAGAGGAAGAGCUAGAGACUGAACUAGAAGGGGAGCAGGAGCCUGAGCUGGAACCCCAGUUUGAGUCUGAGACCCAGGAGCUGAGCCCUCGCAGCAAGGACAAAAAUGAAAAGAAAUCCAAGGCCAUCUUGUGUCCAUCUCUCUCUGCCCUGGUUAUCUAUACAAAGACUGUUUCAUUCUACAACUUCACUCAUUCGAGGGAGCACUACCGCUUCUAUGAGUUAUCAUCUUUCUCUGAAACAAAGGCCAAGAACCUCAUCAAGGAGACUGGCAAUGAGUUUGUGCAGCAUAACGCCUGGCAGUUGAGCCGUGUGUAUCCUAGUGGUCUGAGGACAGAUUCAUCCAACUACAACCCCCAGGAAUUCUGGAAUGCAGGCUGCCAGAUGGUGGCUAUGAAUGUGCAGACUGCGGGGCUUGAGAUGGACAUCUAUGAUGGCCUUUUCCGCCAGAAUGGUGGCUGUGGCUACGUGCUGAAGCCAGAGUUCCUUCGUGAUACCCAUAGCUCCUUCCACCCGGAGAGGCCCAUCAGCCCUUUCAAAGCCCAGACCCUCCAAAUCCAGGUGAUCAGUGGUCAACAACUCCCCAAAGUGGACAAGACCAAAGAGGGAUCCAUUGUGGAUCCACUGGUGAGAGUGGAGAUCUUUGGUGUUCGCCCAGACACAACCCGGCAGGAGACCAGCUAUGUGGAGAAUAAUGGAUUUAAUCCGUAUUGGGGGCAGACACUAUGCUUCCACUUGCUGGUACCUGAGCUGGCCAUGCUGCGUUUUUUGGUAAAGGAUUACAACUGGACAUCCCGAAAUGACUUUAUCGGUCAGUACACCUUGCCUUGGACCUGCAUGCAACAAGGUUACCGCCAUAUACACCUGCUCUCCAAGGAUGGCACCAGCCUCCACCCGGCAUCCCUCUUCGUGCACAUCUGCAUGCUGGAAGCGCUGGGGGAGGUUGAAUCUUAAGGUGGACACUUCAUGGGAAGGGUGGGUGUACUUGCUUCAGAUGGUAAGAUAAACCUGGAAGGAUGCUCCAGAAAGUAGAGGUGGUGGAAACCAAGCAUGGUUGUGUGUUCCUAAGCAUAAAGUUACCUCACCCUUCCUAACAAGCAAAUCUAGGGCCUGAUUUUUCACCUGCUUUCUCUUCCCUUUCUUCAUUUUCACAAACUUUUGGUAUCUUUCCUGCCCUUCCCUUUUGCGUACUCUAUCCUGGAGUUCCUUCCUUCCUUUGCUGUAGGUUUAGUCCCUACCCAGACCUAGGACUAAUCUCUCUUAUCAACUCUGGCUCUAAGGCAGAUUGCAACUACAAAUCCAGAGGGGUUUGGGGCAAAGAAACCCAAAGAGGCAUUAUCCCCUCCCCAACAACUUCCUCAAAGGCCAGAGCCAAGGAAAGGAAAAACCAAGCCUCAAGCCUCCCCAAGCAAAGGCUGGGGAGAGAACUGACCCUAAGACUGUACUGUGACUCUCAAGAAAACACUGCACAGCUCUGAGUCCACACUGGUCUGCUCCUUCCUAGUCCCACCAGUGUUAAUAGAGCUAGCUGCUCUCCCUAAUUUGGCUUGAGUGUGAUCUGUCAUUAUUGGGCAAUAAGGGGAAGAAUGAGGGUUGGGGGACAUUUGGGUAGACAGAAAAACAAAAGUUUCCAGGAGUCCCUCUGCAUGUACUACAUAAGAAUGGUACAGAAGUACAGCUUCUAGAGGUCAGGGCAAAAGGAGCAGAAAAAGGGUUAUGUGAUCCAAGUCCUCCUGAAAAGUUUGCCUGCAACAGUCCUGGUUUAUGACUGCUGUCCCAGCACAAUUAUUAAUAGUACCUUCUUUAAUUUCCCUAGUGUGCCCUAGUUUAGAUGAUUAAUUAGUCACUGUAAGACAUUUAUAGAAUUCUGCAUUAGAGAUUUACCUCCAACCCUGCAAUCAUUUGCCUUUCAUACUAUCUUUAUGCUUUAAUUCUAGUGUAGUCUGAGGAAUGAUGUUGAAUUAUACCUGUUUCCAUGAGGAAGCUUAGUGAGUGGCAGUCCUCCCUCUACAGCAAAGGUGGGGAACAUCUGGCCCAUGGUCAGUAGAAGGCCCACAAAAUCAUUUGGUCUGGCUCUGCCAAGGCAUUAGGGGUCACUUAAUUAAAUGUUUGACCAAAUAUAGCAGGCUAGUUUUUAAGUUGAUAAUUUUGUAUGGCCUGUGAAUGAUGUUAUAAAUAAUCCAAAUUGCCCUUGGCAGAAAAAAGGUUCCCCACCCUUGCUCUACAGGUAGUCAAAGUUGUUCAGAAAUAGGGAGAAGAGCAAGGG